CAUUUCGCCCUAAUGGAGAAGGGUAUCGAAAGAGAGGGAGGUCUUUACUAUUCAUCGUCCCCUACCUUCACACUAGCAAGGUAACGACAGACCGAGACUCUCACCUCCCCACUUCUCUCCGUCCCUCAAAAUCGCUCACGCCCUUUUACUGUUUCCUCUUCUCCGUCUUCUUCUUAUUCUCUGGUCUUCGGGAUUCCUUGGUGCUGUUCCUACUGGUAAGACCGAGAUAUAGUAGCAGCAGUCUUAUCUCUUUUCUCGGAGAAACUGGAGCUGGGAGGUCGUGCUCAUCCCGGAAGAUUUUCUUAGACGAGAUUCAUCUCGUUGCUUUGUCUGAAGAAGACUCUUGGUCGGAACUGCCACCGGUUCGGAUUCCCUCUGUACAUCGUUCAAGUCCAGGCCAGGACAUAAUAACAUUUAUAAUUGUGGUGCAACAAUGGAUGUUCCUUCACCAAGCCCUGGUUGGAGCAACAUCGUUAAGAAACCGCCACGUCCAACACAGCAAGAAAGUGCAGUAAACCGGGUUUUUGAGAGCUGUAAAUCAAGUAAAGGGAUUGCUGUUGCUGUUGUUGAUGCCAAUGCUUUGAUUCAAGGUGGAGAAAAGCUGGUCCACAUUGCUGAUAAGUUUGUUUCAGUGAGUGAAGUCAUGGAGGAGGUGCGAGAUCCAGUCUCUCGACACCAGCUCGCUUUUGUACCUUUUGCUGUGGAGACCAUGGAGCCUUCGCCUGAAGCAUUAAAGAAAGUUAUCAGCUUUGCCAGGGCAACUGGUGAUCUACAUACUCUUUCAGAUGUUGAUCUAAAACUUAUUGCACUGACUUAUACAUUGGAAGCUCAGAUCCAUGGGAUAAAGCAUCUCAGGGAUAAUCCUCCACCAAUCCAUAUGGUAAAUGUAAAAAGGCUUGCUGAGAAGGAGAUGCCUGGAUGGGGCUCUAAUGUUCCUAACUUGGAAGAAUGGGAGGCUUUGGAACAUGCAGUUGAUACUGAUGGAAACCACAAUUCAAGAAUUCUCCCUUUGAAAGACUUGAACUUGAAUAUCAUCCCAUACAAUGCCCAGCUUAAUUGUGAAGACGCUUCAACAGAAAAUGGUGGUGAAUCUCACUGCGAUGAUCAGGAUGAUGUUAAUCAUAGUUCAAAGGAACCUAGAAGAUAUAUGCAUACAAAGAAAGAGAUAAAAAUUGAAGGGAAGAAGAUGGUAGCCAAUGGAAUUGAUGCUUCUCAGGGACAAUUUGAUGAUAAUUCUAAUAAUUGGCUGCCUGCUGUGAGUCGCAGUACUCAUAGAAGGUAUCUCAGAAGAAAAACUAGACGUGAAUUGACUGAGGCAUCAUUGGAAAAGGAAGAUUACCCAGAUGUAGAGACUGAUGUGAAAAAUAAUGUUGAGGAAACUAGUUCUCAUGGUCUAAAUAACAGUUCUGAAGGAAUGCAAACCAUUAAUGAGAUUUCAGUAGAAGAUGUGACUACUGAAGAGAAGUAUGACGAUAAUGAUCUUUCUUCCAUCUUAAAACAAAUGAGACUGGAAGCAGAUCCAUUGGAGAUUCUGCAAGAAGAUGAGGAGCAUAGCUUGUUUUCUGUGGAGCAGGGCACUUGUGAUCCUGUGGCAGUUGAAGCUAUAUCUAAUAAUACAAAUACUGCUGCUGAGAGAAAUGUUAAAAUAUGUAAAGAAGCAUCAGAACACAUGGAGAUUUCAAGUCAGACCAGUGAAAUUAUUGAUGCAUCAUCUGUUGAUGACAACAGUAGUGAACAAAGUUGGAUGUUACGGUCACUAUCAGAGUCAACUGUGGCAUGUUUGACAAGUGAUUUUGCAAUGCAGAAUGUUAUUCUACAGAUCGGUCUACGUCUCCGUACACCUACUGGAAUGCAGAUUCACGAGCUGCAUAGGUGGAUAUUAAAAUGCCAUGCCUGCAAUAAAGUGACUGCUGAGAUUGGGAGAAUUUUUUGUCCAAAAUGUGGUAAUGGUGGGACUUUACGCAAAGUAGCAGUUACAGUUGGUGAAAAUGGGGUCAUUCUAGCAGGUCAUCGACCACGUAUAACCCUUAGGGGUACAAAAUUUUCACUGCCUUUACCUCAAGGUGGAAGAGAUGCAAUCACCAAAAACCUCAUUUUACGUGAAGAUCAGUUACCACAUAAAGUCCUGUACCCCAAGAUAAAGAAAAAAUCAAAUAAACAGGGAGAGGACAUUUUAACUUCUGACAAUAUCUUUGGCCCUGUUUCUGGCAAGAAAGCUCCUUUGAAACCUCCAAUCAGACAAGCAUUAGCAGUUUUCAGUGGAAAGAGGAAUCCUAAUGAUAAUCAUUAUUCUCGUUCUAAGCGCUAGUUGCAUUAGGCAGCUCAAAUGGUGGCUUCAUCGCCUUUGUUUUCAUUUCUUUAGUAUUAAUAUUCAGAAUGAGCAUAGAAAAUGUACAUCACACAGGAUCUACUGGGUUUAUGACCAAAUCUGCCCCUUUCCUUUUUUAUUUUUUUUACAACUUUUAUUUUGAAUGGAAAGAUGGGCAUGGGUCUGGAGCCUUCUCGGACAUGUCUAUGGUUUUAUUCUAGCUUCUGUUACUGCACUUUCCCUUUGGCUCA